AUGACCAUAGUUGACAGAUCUUCAGAAAAGUCUGACCACGAGUCAGCCGGACUCGGACCUGGAGCUGCUGUGUACAACACCCAAGGACCAAGGGCUGGUCCUCAGAGUACACCCUCCUCUGAGGACCAGCCCAAGGACCAAGUGAUCAGCAGUGGCGAUGGAAUUGACUUGCCCCAGAAGGUGCUGUUCUCACCAGAUCGGCUCAGCCUAAAUUGGGCCCAGGUUCACCUCAUUGGUGCAGGCCUCCAGAACAUGGGGAACACCUGCUUCCUCAACUCAGCCCUGCAGUGUCUCAGCUACACCCCUCCUUUAGCAAACUACAUGCUGACGCGGGAGCACUCCAAAACAUGUCAUGAGCCAGGGUUCUGUAUGAUGUGUACCAUGCAAAACCACAUCAUUCAGGUUUUUACCAACUCUGGGAAUGUCAUUAAGCCCAUUGGUGUACUCAAUGAGCUUGGGUGGAUUGCAAACCACUUCUGCUAUGGAAGCCAGGAAGAUGCUCAUGAAUUCCUGCGGUGCACAGUGGAUGCUAUGCAAAGGUCCUGCUUACCUGGAACCAAAUUGGACAGGCAAACGCAGGCAACCUCUUUCAUCCAUCAAGUGUUUGGCGGGUACCUAAGAUCCAGAGUUAAAUGUUUAAACUGCAAAGCUGUCUCAGAUACAUUUGACCCUUUUCUGGAUGUCACUCUGGAAAUUAAGACUGCUCCAAAUGUCUCCAAAGCUCUGGAGCAGUUUGUCAAGCCAGAACAGCUGGGUGGUGAAAAUGCUUAUAAAUGCACCAAGUGCAACAAAAUGGUAACGGCCUCAAAAAGAUUUACAAUCCAUCGCAGCGCCAAUGUGCUCACCAUCUCACUCAAACGCUUUGCAGACUUCAGUGGAGGCAAAAUCACAAAGGAUGUGAAGUAUUUGGAGCAUCUGGAUCUGCGGCCCUUCAUGUCGCAGUCCCACGGGGAGCCCCAGCUCUACAGGCUGUAUGCUGUGCUGGUUCACUCUGGAUUGAGUUGUCAUACUGGACACUAUUUCUGCUAUAUUAAGGCCAGCAAUGAGCAGUGGUUUCAGAUGAAUGACUCGUCCGUGUCAGUCAGUGACAUUAGCACUGUUCUCAACCAGCAGGCCUAUGUCCUCUUCUACAUCAAGUGCACAGAUGUGGGAAAAACUGGGGACUACAGCCACUUGAACCAUAACGCUGGCAUAUCUGGUCAGGCAUCUCCCCAGCCGGUGGUGAGCCCAGGCACCAUCGCCACCAUGCCUCACAACAGUGUUGGCUUCAUAGGUCCCCAGCUGCCACCACACAUGAACAAGAUUGCUGAGGUGAUUGAUGAUCGACCUGAGGAAGUGAAACAGAUGGAAGUUUUUAGGACCAGCAACAGAUGGAAAGCAAUUGGAGUGGAUCAAAAUGAUGACACAGAGGAAGGAAAUGGAAAAGAACAUCAAAAUACAGAGGCUGGCUCAUUAAGCAGAGGUCGACAUGACUCACCCGAGUUGUCUUCAAAGAGAAGAGGACAGGAUUCUCCUGUCAAAAAGACCCGGCAUGACUCUCCAGACAUCUCUCCACCAAAGAGAAGUCGGAAGUACUCUCCGGAUGUCUCUCCUCCCAGGACAAGACGUCACGACUCUCCAGAUGUCUCUCCUCCCAGGACUAGACCUCACGACUCUCCAGAUGUCUCUCCUCCCAGGAGAAGACGUCACGACUCUCCAGAUGUCUCUCCUCCCAGGACUAGACCUCAUGACUCUCCAGAUGUCUCUCCUCCCAAGAGAAGACGCCACGACUCUCCAGAUGUCUCUCCUCCCAGGAGAAGACGUCAUGACUCUCCAGAUGUCUCUCCUCCCAGGACUAGACCUCAUGACUCUCCAGAUGUCUCUCCUCCCAAGAGAAGACGCCACGACUCUCCAGAUGUCUCUCCUCCCAGGACUAGACCUCAUGACUCUCCAGAUGUCUCUCCUCCCAAGAGAAGACGUCAUGACUCUCCAGAUGUCUCUCCUCCCAGGAGAAGACGUCAUGACUCUCCAGAUGUCUCUCCUCACAGGACUAGACCUCAUGACUCUCCAGAUGUCUCUCCUCCCAGGAGAAGACGUCAUGACUCUCCAGAUGUCUCUCCUCCCAGGACAAGACGUCACGACUCUCCUGAUGUCUCUCCUCCCAGGACUAGACCUCACGACUCUCCAGAUGUCUCUCCUCCCAAGAGAAGACGCCACGACUCUCCAGAUGUCUCUCCUCCCAGGAGAAGACGUCAUGACUCUCCAGAUGUCUCUCCUCCCAGGACAAGACGUCACGACUCUCCUGAUGUCUCUCCUCCCAGGACUAGACCUCAUGACUCUCCAGAUGUCUCUCCUCCCAAGAGAAGACGUCAUGACUCUCCAGAUGUCUCUCCUCCCAGGAGAAGACGUCACGACUCUCCUGAUGUCUCUCCUCACAGGACUAGACCUCACGACUCUCCAGAUGUCUCUCCUCCCAGGAGAAGAAGUCAUGACUCUCCAGAUCUCUCUCCUCCCAGGACUAGACAUCACAACUCUCCAGAUGUCUCUCCUCCCAGGAGAAGACGUCACGACUCUCCUGAUGUCUCUCCUCCCAGGAGAAGACGUCAUGACUCUCCAGAUGUCUCUCCUCCCAAGAGAAGACGUCACGACUCUCCAGAUGUCUCUCCUCCCAGGAGAAGACGCCAUGACUCCCCAGACUUGUCACCACCAAGACAGUGUUCAGGAAAGUCAGAAAAAAUGCAAAGUAAAGAUUCAGCCUCCAACAAAAGCAAGCUCAGCUCAUCCUUGUUAAGUAAAAAACGCUCACCGGAUCCUCAUCGGUCAGCGGUGGCUAAGAAGGGUCAGAAUAGACAUGAUUCAGACUCGGAUCCGUCUCCCCCGAGGAAAAGGCCCCUGAAGGGAAACGCCUCAGACUCCGACCAAUCUCCCCCAAGGAGGCCCUCAAAAACUAAACGGGGCUCAGACUCUGACCAGUCUCCACCCAGGGGGCAGCCACCGAGUGGAGGGGACUCGGAUGGAGAUUUGUCACCACCUCGUAGGCCAGGCCAGUCACAGGGCCAAAGGAUGCUAUCUGGUGGAAAGGCAGGCCUGGUUUCUGUGGACAUUCUAAGGAAAGAGCAAAAGGAGAACAGACGCAGAGAAAAACACAAUCAGCCACUUGAAGAUGAAUCGCGUAACGCUCAGGCGAUUUUCAGAGACAAAAGUGGCAAAAGCAGGGAUCUGAAUUCAGAGAGAAAUGAACAGAAAAAGAAAGCUGGUGAAAAAGCGGCAACAGACGAGAAAUACGCUCAGUGGGGAAAACGGUUGGCACAGAUCCAGAUGCAUCACCAGAAACUUAAGGAAGCGCUGCGCGAAGCCCUUAAGCCACUUGAGGAUCUUGACCGCAUGUUGAGAGAACAGGAAAGAGAAGGCGAUCCUAUGGCUGCAAUGCGCAGGCGUAAAAAGGACCGUGGCACAAAAACACAAGAUAUUUAACUCAAAGAGAAGAGGACAGGAUUCUCCUGUCAAAAAGACCCGGCAUGACUCUCCAGACAUCUCUCCACCAAAGAGAAGUCGGAAGUACUCUCCGGAUGUCUCUCCUCCCAGGACAAGACGUCACGACUCUCCAGAUGUCUCUCCUCCCAGGACUAGACCUCACGACU